AUGGAAUUUUCGGUCUCACAUCUCAAUUCUUCCAUAGCUGCAAUAUUUGCGCUACUUUUGAUUUUGUACUGGAAAUCUAGGUCUAAGACUAGGAAAAACAGUGCACCGCCGGAAGCUGGUGGUGCGUGGCCUAUCAUAGGCCACCUCCACCUCAUAGGCGGUGGCUCUCGGCUUCCACACAUCACCUUGGCAGAAAUGGCGGACAAGUAUGGACCACUCUUUACAAUCCGACUUGGAGUACGCAAAACCCUUGUGGUUAGCAGCUGGGAAUUGGCUAAAGAAUUGUUUACCACCUGGGAUGUGGCUGUAUCUUCCCGUCCAAAAUUUCUCGUAUCUAAACACUUGAGCUAUAACUUCGCCAUGUUUGGGUUCUCCCCUUAUGGCGAAUAUUGGCGUGAACUGCGCAAACUAAUAGCCAUGGAAUUAUUCUCACCCCGUAGACUGGAUCUCCUUCAACCCAUACGUGUUUCAGAGAUUGAGGUAGCCAUAAAAGAGCUUUACGAGUACUGGAACAAGAAGAAAGAUGGGUCGGGUCGAGUUUUGGUGGAAAUGAAGCAGUGGUUUGCGGACUUGAAUUUGAAUGUUGUUCUCAGAAUGGUUGCUGGGAAGAGAUAUUUUGGUGCAACUGCUGAUGGGGAUAAAAUAGAAGCAAGGCACUGCCAGAAAGUGAUGAGGGAUUUCUUUCAUUUGGCUGGAAUUUUUGUCGCGGCUAAAACUAUCCCUUUUCUUGGGUGGCUGGAUUUAGGUGGAUAUGAGAAAAGAAUGAAAGAAACCGGACAAGCAAUGGAUAAAAUUGUUGAGAAAUGGUUGGAAGAGCACAAGCAAAAGGCAAAUACUGGUAGUAAUCAGGAUUUCAUGGAUGUGAUGCUUUCAGCUAUAGAAAAAUCAGGCCUUCAAGAUUAUGAUCCAGCUACCAUCACGAAAGCGACAUGCACCAGCUUGAUUGCUGGUGGAGCAGACACCACCACAGUUAUGCUAGUAUGGGCGAUAUCUCUGUUAUUGAACAACCCCCAUGCAUUGAAAAAGGCUCAACAAGAAUUAGACAUCCAUGUCGGAAAAGAAAGGCAAGUUACAGAAUCAGAUAUCAGUAAACUGGUUUAUCUUCAAGCCAUCAUCAAAGAGACUCUACGAUUAUACCCUGCCGGUUUCCUGGGUGGCACAAGAGAAUUCUCCCAAGACUGCAAAUUAUCCGGCUAUCAUAUUCCAAAAGGUACAAUACUAAUUGUAAACAUUUGGAAAUUACAAAGAGACCCCCGAGCAUGGUCCGACCCGUUGGAGUUUAAGCCAGAGAGAUUUCUCACAACCCAUAAAGAUUUCGAUGUUAAGGGUAAGAAUUUUGAACUGAUCCCAUUUGGAGCUGGUCGAAGGAUUUGCCCUGGCACAACUUUCGGCAUUCAGAUGUUAAACUUAGUCCUUGCUAAUUUGUUACAUGCAUUUGAACUUUCAACUCCCUUUGAUGAAAAAGUUGAUAUGAGUGUGAGUGCUGGACUGACAAAUAUGAAAGUUACUCCUCUUGAUGUGAUCCUUUGCCCGCGAUUAUCUCCAAGUCUGUAUUAA